AUGACGAGCAGUAGUGACUCCAUUGAAGUGCUGCCUAGCUCCCAUGACAAGGAUGUCAUCCUGAACAUUCUCAGUGUCCUCACUGACUUGCUGUCUUUGGGCACUGGAAGGAGAAUUCACUACGUGGUCAGCAAAGGGGGCAGCGAGGCUUUGCUGCAGGCGCUGGCCACGGCUGCACGGACAGAGCCACCCGACCACGGCACCCUCCUGCCCCUGCUGCGGCUGCUGGCCAGGGUGGGCCAACGAGAUAGGAAGUUUGGGCUUAAGGUGCAGAAGGCAGAAGCCACUGAUAUAAUACUGAGCUUGGCAAGAAGACACCUGGGCCACCACCUGCACCUCACCCACUGCCUCUGGGUCCUGCAGGUUUGUGCUUCUAAUGUUACCACGGGAACUAUGCUUGGCAUCAAUGGAGCCAUGGAGCUGCUUUUCAAAGUCAUCACUCCCUACAGCAAGAGACACGUCAGGACGGUCAGGGCAGCCAUUGGGGCUCUGGCAGCUCUGCUGAGAUCAAAGUCCAACAGCCGCCGGGCAGUGAACAGAGGCUACCUGGGUGAAUUGCUGAGACUCUACCAAGACUGGCAUCUCAAUGAUGUCUCCAACAACUACAUUUACAUUCGUAGGGGUCUCCUGCUCUGCCUUAAAUACAUCACCAACAUCCAGCUGGGCAGGGAGACUUUCCUUGGUUCCCGGGGAAUGGAGAUUCUCUUCACAAGUGUGCAGGACUGUUUAUCUUGUAAAAGUCUGGAUCCUAUCAUAACUACUGCGACUCACAUUCUGAGAAAGUGCUACCCCAAGGAGCAUCUGCCUGUGGUGACUGUCAGAAGUUCCUAUUCCUUCCCUCUUCCUGGGAAUGCCAGUGCUGAACCUCCAUGUGAGGGAUCUGAAGGUAAAUGGCCAGAGGGUGACAGUGAAAGUGAAGGGGAGGAUGAGGCUGAAAAAGACUGGGAUAACGAGGAUGUGGAGAGUAAAGAGGAAGAUUGUGACUUGGAGACAGAUGUGAAUAAAUUGAGGUCAAGGCCAGCUCUUGACCGGCCAGAACAAGAGCUUGAAAAAUAUGAAGCUCUGUGUGCAGAACUUUCUCAGAAUUUUCAGGAGCUUGAAUUUGAGUCUGAGGAAAAGAAGAGCUUGGAGGACAGGACUGAGAAUCUUCCCUCUGCUCCCUCUCAUUUCAUUCCAAGUGCUACUUCUGUGAAACAUCCAAACUGCAGAUGGAGAAACCAAAGUGUCACAGAGAUGGGACCAGAUCCAGGGGAAGAGGAUUUCAAAGUCCCAUUUCAGAGCUGGAGGAAGAAGGAGGAAUGCAUAUGGGAUAAGAAUGAUGAAAAGAGAGACAUUGCUGAAGAAGCCCAGGAUAAAGACUUCUGUGAGGAAGAAGAUCCAUCCAGGAGUCAUGUGUUUGCUUUGUGCCCUCUCCCAAAAGAUGUUGCUUGGUACAAGAAAAUGUUUUACCCUCACUGUGAGACCUCAAUCAAUCCUAGUCCUGAAGGGAGACUGGAGAGCUCAGAUAUAAUUAGAAAUCUUCUGGAGAAACACCAUAUCCCAUUCCACAGCCCUUGUUUCUAUGCAGCCAGGGCCAAAUGUGUGAAGUCCAUCCCAGGCUACAGAGAGCUGGCAUUCCCAGAUUUCUGGGGUCACCAGCCACCUCCCUACAGCAAGCCCGUGUUGGAGCGCAAGCACGGGGUCCAAAGGGACAAAGUCCUUGAUGAUGUUCGCCGCCUAAUCCAGCCUGGGGAUGUGAUAGGAAGAACUGUGUUUGAUUUAGAUGAUCCCAGCAGUGGCUCAAGCCCAGCUGCUCCAGGCUGUCUGACAUUUUUCUCCAAGUUUGAGUCGGGAAACCUUCGGAAAGCGAUCCAAGUGCGUGAGUUUGAGUAUGACCUAAUUAUGAAUGCAGAUGUGAACAGCAGCCAGCAUCACCAGUGGUUCUACUUCGAGGUCCGUGACAUGAAGGCAGCAGUUCCCUAUCGCUUCAACAUCAUCAACUGUGAGAAGUUCAACAGCCAGUUUAAUUAUGGAAUGCAGCUGGUCAUGUACUCAGUGAGGGAAGCUCUGCAGGGCAGACCUCGCUGGAUUCGGGCAGGCCAGGAGAUCUGCUACUACAAAAACCACUACCGCUGCAGUGCAGCUGCAGGAGGAGGUGUGAGGGGAAGGUUCUACUACACCCUCACCUUCAGCAUCAAAUUCCCUCACAAAGAUGAUGUUUGCUACCUGGCCUACCACUACCCCUACACCUACUCCACAAUGAUGUCCCAUCUUGAUAUCCUGGAACAAAAUAGGAACCCUAAGAAGGUUUACUGGAGGCAGCAGACACUCUGCCAGACUCUAGGAGGAAAUCCAUGCCCAUUGCUCACAAUCACUGCCAUGCCUGAGUCUAAAAACAGACAUGACCUGGAGCAAUUCU